GCUUUCGUAAAAAACAUUUGCAUUUUAUGCGGUGUAGCAGACAAUGGACGCAGGGAUUCAAAACCACGAAGAACAUUAUGUGCACGACCUCACCAGCCCGACCGCAACGGGAUUGUGUGCGGAAAUGCUCGGGGUUGCGGACGAAGCUUGUCUGGCUGGAGACUUUGAGCUGGCCGCGGAUAUCUAUACUUCUCAGCUCGCCGAGCUCGAGCACACCGACCGUGGCCUCUGCCUGCGGAAAGCUGACGCGCUAGCCCGUGGGGGACGCAUAUCCGAUGCGCUGGACUCGUAUUGCAUCGCUGCAAACCUCCAGGCACUGAGACCUGAUGAACUGCAAAUUUUAGUUGAAGUUAUAGCGCAUACGAUCCGUACUAAAGAACAGAGUGACAGUAAGACAAUAAGCGUGGGCUCUACCUCAAAUAGCAUUUUUUUUGACAGUGACGAGAUGGACAAAGAGCAGAACUUUGACUUGUUUUCAUGCCGCCUUUGCAAGAGCUUAUUGAUGGAACCGAUGUCUUUGGUGUGUGGACACACUUUCUGUAAGCGCUGUCUGGAAGAUGACCUGGCAAAAGAGUGCAGAAGCUGCAGUUUAAAAACCAACAAUUCACCCAGGCAGUUUACUAUGGACGGACUCAGAGUAAAUGUCAUUAUCAGUGGCUUGAUUGGAAAAUGGUUCAAUUCGGAAAGCAGAGCGAGACGAUACUGGUCGGAAGGGGAAUGUCUUUGGAAAAAAAUGGACUUAACCAACGCAAUACUGAAGUUCAACACGGCGAUUGAACUAGAGUCCUGUGAAUGUCGUCUACUGGCUAGGCGGGCAGAGCUGUUUAUGGAAAUGAAAAAUUUUGGUCAAGCCAUCAAGGAUGGGGACGCCAUGUGCCGACUCCGUCCCCUGUGGCCAAAGGCUCACUACAUUAAGGCUGCAGCGUUCAGGAGCACUGGCCGCAAUGAAGAGGCUCUGCAAGAGUAUUUCUGCUGUUUGGCUCUUAAAUCUGACUGGAUUGCCGUAAAACUGGAGGCCCAAAAGAUCCUGAGUCACAUGAUCUCUUCAGUCUUUGUGACUGAUGGUCUUUCCACGUCCAUGCAGCCCCUUCCAGGUGGACUCUCAUCUCAUUUCAAACCUUCAUUCCUCCUCAGCUCUCUUCACUCUGCUCCCCUUAGAGAUCAAGCCGAAGAAGGCUGCUCCAAGGAACCAACACUCAGUUGCAGCAAGUUCAAAGAUGGGAACUCUUCUAUUUUACCAAGAUCUGAAAAUGUGAACUCUGGCAUCUCUUCACCUUUUGUUCAACCAGUCCUAAAAAGGAAAUGGACAGAAGAUACUAAGGGCUUUGAGCCACCAAACAAACAGCUUAAAGAAGAUAAUGUAUCUUCAUGUAAAAGUCUCCCUACUUUUUCUGGGGAGAGGCAAGUUCCAUCACAGCUCUUGGACAGUGCAGACUUUGAAUGCUCUCUCUGCAUGAGACUGUUUUAUGAACCUGUCACCACACCCUGUGGACACACGUUCUGCCUCAAGUGUUUAGAACGCUGCUUGGACCACUGCCCUAACUGUCCUCUGUGCAAGGAGAACCUCUCUGAGUAUUUGGCCACUAGAUCAUACAACAAAACUCUUAUAAUGGAAGAGUUAUUGCAGCGCUACUUUUGUGAUGAGCUAGCAGAAAGGCGUAAAGUACAUGAAGAAGAGAUGAAAGAAUUGUCAAACUUGAACCAGGAAGUGCCCAUCUUUGUUUGCACCAUGGCAUUUCCUACCAUUCCGUGCCCACUGCAUGUUUUUGAGCCUCGAUACAGGCUUAUGAUUCGCAGAUCUAUGGAAACUGGAACGAAACAGUUUGGCAUGUGCAUUGCUGAUGAACUGAAAGGGUUUGCAGACCAUGGCUGCAUGCUGGAGGUGAGGGAUGUCAAGUUUUUUCCUGAUGGGCGCUCUGUAGUGGACACCAUAGGCAUUGCGCGCUUCAAAGUGCUCAGUCAUGGCCAGAGAGAUGGAUACCACACAGCCAAUAUUGAAUAUUUGGAGGAUGAGAUGGUUGAAGGAGACGAGUUGACGGAGCUCCUGAAGCUGCAUGACUCUGUGUAUGAUCAGGCCUUGGGUUGGUUCACCUCCCUUAAAGAUGAUAUGAAGAACCAAAUCAUCAGCCACUUUGGACAGCUUCCUGUCAAAGACUCUGAUCCACAGGGUAAUCCCAAUGGCCCUGCAUGGUGUUGGUGGCUGUUGGCUGUGUUGCCACUGGAAAACAAAGCCCAGCUGACCAUCCUUGCCAUGAACUCUCUUAAGGAUCGGCUGGUCGCCAUCCGAAGGGUCCUCAUUUUUGUAACUCGCAAACGGCCUCGAUGAUAGAUGUGUUCUUGGUCUAAAUAUGUUUAUCAAAAUUAACCUAUAGCUCGGGAAUGCUGAUUCAGGCUGGGGUCACUGAGGUUUUCUUCAACUGGCUAUCUUGGUCCGUCAUUGCGGCACGCAGCCUUCACCAAUUAGUCACCUGGGACUUUGUUCAAUAAAAAUAUUUUUAUUCUUAAUAUGUUAAUUUAGGCUCAUCAGUUAGCAUUGGUGAUUUAAGUUGUAGUCAUUGCUAUGAGAGAGAUCAUUAUUGAUGCCCUACAUUUGGAAGUUCUCAUUUAGUUCAGUUGCAGUCAAAUCGUUUACCAGUUUAACAAUAGCAAACAUGAAGACAGUGGGAACUUUGUUUUUUCUUAAGCACCUUCGGU